AUGUGCAUGAACGACCCGAAGCCUACCAUGCUCUGGUGGGGCCCGGAACGCAUCGCUAUCUACAAUGAAGGAUACGGACAGAUUCUUGCCAACAAACAUCCGGCUGCUUUGGGGAAGACUGCGCACGAGAUUUGGCCCGAACUGACUGACACAAACAUAUUCGAGACUGCGUGGGAGCUGGGAGAUCGCACCGGAGAGACCUCUUUUGCACACCGCGAUCUCUUCCUCGUUCAGAGGAAUGAUUAUGUGGAGGAGGCGUAUGCAUCGUGGAGCAUCAUCCCGAUUCCCGGACCUAAUGGUAAUCUCGGGUUCUACAACAUGGUAAUUGAAGUAACGCAAGACGUUCUCAAUGAGCGACGGAUGACUCUUUUGCACAAGCUGGAACAGUGCUUGUCAAGUGCGGAGACUGUGCGAGACUUUUAUACACAAGUUCUUGCUGGACUUCAAUCGGAUGCUCACGAGAUACCAUUCGCCGCGCUCUACGGGCCAGCUUCUCGCGUCAACAACAACUCUUUGUCUUCCGCACAUAACUCUCCCGAUGAUGACGAAUGCUCCAGCAGCGCCCAGUCUGAGCCGGCUUCAGUCUUUGCCCAAGCGGCUUGGACACUCAAAGGAGUGAUUGCCCAAGAUUCAGGGCCAGAAUAUCAAUCAAACAGUCUACCAUCGACAAUUGACCUCGACAGCGGGUCAGCACUCUUUACGCCCUGGUUCCGAGACUGUAUUGUAACAAAGACAGUGGCUGUUCUCCAGGCGAGCGAAGGCACGCUUCCGAGUACACUUGUAGCUGCAGCGAAGCCAAGAGAGCCGCAGUACCAGCCUUUGGCGCAUGCUGUGCUGUUGCCCAUUUGGACGAACUAUCAGGAGCAUCGUUCUGGAUUCCUGAUAUUGGGAUUGAACUCUAGACGACCAUAUGAUGCGGACUAUCAACGAUUCAUACGGCUGCUGCACAACCAGCUGACCACUACAUUGGCUUCACUGGUCAUGGCCGAGGAAGAAGCAAGACGCAACCGCGUAGCUGCGAGACUGGCAGCCAGAGACCGAAUUCGCCUUGUCGAGCAGUUGGCGGAAAGGACGCACCAAGUUCAGCAGAGCGAAAUCCGCUUCCGGAGCAUGGCAGACUUCGCUCCGAUUGGCAUCUUCGAGUUGAAUGCCGUUGGACAGCUGCAGUACGCGAAUGAGCAAUGGAUAGAGUUGACGAGUUGCCGACUUGACCAACUUCAAGAUUUCGAAACCUUCACCAAUGCCCUCGUGGAGGAAGAUCGGCAGCAUGCUUGGCGAGAGUGGAAAAAGUUGGAAGCUGGUGAACAGGUACGAUUUGAAUGCCGUCUUGAUCGUUCGUUCACCACAGACGAAGUUUUCAACGGAGAACGUAUGAUGAGAGAUACUUGGAUCUUAGUAGCUGCGUAUGCGUUGCGGGAUGACGAUCAUGGCCCAUCGAGCGAUCAGGUAAAGGGGGUCUUUGGCUGUCUCGUCGAUAUCAGCCGGCAGAAAUGGAUCGAAGGCUUUCAAGAACGGCAAGCCCGCCUGCAACAAGAGCGUCGCCGUCAGCAGGAAAACUUCAUGGACUCGACAAACCACGAAGCACGAAAUCCUCUCGCGGCCAUAACUUUGUGCGCAGAAGAUGUCCACUCCACCAUGGAGUCGCUCGUUCAACAGUCGCAAGGGCCUCGUCUAUCUAUGGACCGUGACACCGCCUUGGCUAUCCUCGAAGGUGCUGAAAUUAUCAUGUCCUGCGCAAAACAUCAGAAGACUAUCAUCGACGAUGUUCUUACCCUGAGUAAACUGGAUUCGAACAUGCUAAGUGUGUCGCCUGAGCCGGUUCAUCCAGUUAGUAUUCUGGAUCAGGCGAUAAAGAUGUUCAGGGGCGAGGUACAACGAAGUGAUGUGGAGUUGGUAUACACGAUCGACACAUCCUUCUUUGCCUCCAAGGUCGACUGGCUUCUGCUGGAUGCAACCAGAUUCCUACAGGUCCUCGUCAAUCUUCUCAACAAUGCAGUCAAAUUCACACAGAGAGCAAUGACGAGAAGGAUUUCUAUUGUCCUGGGUGCAAGCACUUCUCGACCAACAGACAAAGCUUUCGGCGUUCGCUUCGCCCCUGUCGCUGAAUAUGGCACACUCGCUGAGGGCGCCUCUGAAGAAGGAGUGUAUCUUAACGUCAGUGUGACUGAUACCGGACCAGGCAUGUCAGAUGAAGAACUCAACCAUCUGUUCGAAAAGUUCCGCCAAGCGUCUCCAAAAACGUAUGCCCAGUAUGGUGGCACUGGCUUGGGUCUAUGGAUCUGCAAAGAACUCUGUGCCAAGUUAGGAGGCCAAAUUGGUGUGGCUUCUCACCUUUCCGGGGAAACGCAAGCCGAUUCAAUUGGACAAGGUGGAAGUGGUUCAACCUUCGCAUUUUAUGUAUACUCCCCGCGCUGCGAUUCGCAUUUUGAUGCACAGAAGGAAGUCGUAUCCAGAAACGACGAGGCAAAAGAGCCAGAACCGCAAGUACAGAACCCGACUGUUCAACACAAGAACUCGAUAACGAUCGAACUUCCGACCAGUCAUGAAGGCAACGGCACAAAUAUUACCAAUAUCCCUCAGGCCACCUCGCCAUCCACUUCUCUACCAACGACAGACAUCCAUAUUCUUAUAGUCGAAGACAAUCUGAUGAACCAAAAGGUAUUGCAUAGACAGCUCUCUCGAGCAGGUUAUACGCGAAUCUCAAUAGCAAACCACGCUUCCGAGGAUGGUAACGAGGGAAUUUCCGUCAUACUGAUGGACUUCGAAAUGCCCGUGAUGGGAGGAUUGGAAUGUACAAGGAUUAUACGGCAGAAGGAACAAGAACAACAGUCGCUAGGGCACAGGUGGAAAAGGCCGAUCAUAGGCGUCACGGCGAAUGCGAGGACGGAGCAGCAGGAAGCCGCGAUGAAAGUGGGCAUGGAUUGUGUUGUUACAAAACCUUUCCAGAUGAGGGUUCUGUUGGAUGCGAUAGAAAAGGUGCGGGAGAAUGUGUAG